CAAAUUCCAGGUUUACACACCACGACAACAGCAUUGCUACGGGUCCCAGGUGAUAGCAAUCGUUCUUCACCAGCUCCUUCUAGCUAUCCUGGUACUCCAAGUAAAGCAACACCCCCACGUACACCAUCAUCAUCCUCCCAAGGCAGGAAGGCAUCACAUCGCUUUGCAGAUACCGUAGAAGCACUUCGCAACAUUGGUGCUCUGUCUGAGGAACAUGCAUUGGUUCAAGCAAGGGUGAAAACAUUGGAGAAAAUCAAAGCAGACAGAGCAGAACUCAGCAUGCUGCAAAGAUCUACAGCUGAACAUCUGAGAAUCCUGUCUGACCUGCAGGAGAAGCUGAGCUCCCUUUAUAGAGAUAUGCUA